UCCUGCUGGGCACACACUGGGGGAUCUCCUUGUUCUUCCCCGUGGCAUGGAGGCAAAUGCCAUCCUCUCCUUGUCCUUCCUCCCCAGGGAAGGAGCUGAGGGCAGAUACCAGGGAGGAUGAGUCACUGCAGAACCUCGGUGAAGAGGCUCAUUCCGCAGAUGAGCAGAACCUCAUGGGAGAAGCUGUUUUGAGCAGUUCCACAGCACAGGAAUGCAAUGGGGAGGAAAAUCCCCGGAGAUCCCGCACAAGGAGAGGCUGCAAACGCAGCCCAGGGAGGUUAGAGGAGGAAAGGCCCACCCUGGGCCAGGAUGGCGGCCGGAGCUUGGAGCUGGGGAUCCAUGAGCAGCUUCACAAUGGGGAGAAGCCCUACAGGUGUGAGGAAUGUGGGAAGAGCUUCAGCCGAAACUCAGCCCUGAUCCGCCACCAAAGGAUCCACACUGGUGAAAGGCGUUAUGAGUGUGGGGAGUGUGGGAAGAGCUGCAGAGACACCUUUGAUCUGAUCAACCACCAGAGGAGCCACACAGGGGAACGGCCAUAUGAGUGUGGGGAAUGUGGGAAGAGCUUUCAGAGAAACUCCACUCUUCUGAAGCAUCAGCGGACACACACAGAUGAGAGGCCCUAUGAGUGUCCCAAAUGUGGGAAGAGGUUUCAAACAAGCUGCCAUCUCCUCGUCCACCAGCGCAUUCACACUGAGGAGAGGCCCUUCCGCUGCCCUGACUGCAUGAAGGGCUUCAAAUAUAACUCUGACCUCGUCAAGCACCGGCGCAUCCACACCGGGGAGAGGCCCUACGAGUGUGGGGAGUGUGGGAAGAGAUUCACCCAGAAGUCGAACCUGAUUGUCCACAAGAGGACCCACACUGGUGAGAAGCCCUACGAGUGUGGGCAUUGUGGGAAGAAAUUCAGCCAGAGCUCUGAACUGAUGCUUCACCAGAGGAUCCACACUGGGGAACGGCCUUACGAGUGUCCCGAGUGUGGGAAGAGCUACAGCCGGAAUGAUCACCUGAUGAUCCACCAGAGGAGCCACACCGGGGAGCGGCCCUACGAGUGUGGGGAGUGUGGGAAGAGGUUUCAAAGCAGCUCAGAUCUCCUCGUACAUCAGCGGAUUCACACGGAUGAGAGGCCCUUCCGCUGCCCUGACUGCGGGAAGGGCUUCAAGCACAACUCCACCCUUGUCACUCACCAGCGCAUCCACACAGGGGAGAAGCCCUACAAGUGUCCCCACUGUGGGAAGAGCUUCAGUCAGAGCUUGGAGCUGGGGAUCCAUGAGCAGCUUCACAAUGGGGAGAAGCCCUACAGGUGUGAGGAAUGUGGGAAGAGCUUCAGCAAGCGAUCCUCCCUGAUCUGCCACUGGAGAAUCCACAUGGGGGAACGGCCCUACGAGUGUGGGCAUUGUGGGAAGUGCUUCACUCAGAGCUCCUACCUGAUUGUCCACCAGAGAUGCCACACAGGGGAACGGCCCUAUGAAUGUGGGGAGUGUGGGAGAAGCUUCAGCACCAGAUCCAAACUUAUCCGCCACCAGAUGAUCCACACCGGGGAGAGGCCCUAUGAAUGUGAUCAAUGCAUGAAGAGGUUUCAGACCAGCUCAAACCUCCUCACACAUCAGCGCAUUCACACAGAUGAGAGGCCCUUCCGCUGCCCUGACUGUGGGAAGGGCUUCAAGUACAACUGCCGCCUUGCCACCCACCGGCUCAUCCACACCGGGGAGAAGCCCUGUGAGUGUCCUGAGUGUGGCAAGAGCUUCAGGACAAGCUCUGAUCUGAUUGUUCACCAGAGGAGCCACACCGGGGAACAGCCAUAUGAGUGCAACGAAUGCAGGAAGAGGUUUCAGGGCAGCUCCCAUCUCCUCCAGCACCAGCGCAUCCACACAGAGGAGCGGCCCUUUGUAUGCCCCGACUGCGGGCAGGGCUUCAGGUACAACUGCAACCUCACCACACACCGGCGCAUCCACACAGAGGAGCGGCCCUUUGUCUGCCCCGACUGCGGGAAGGGCUUCAGGUACAACAGCAACCUCAUCACGCACCGGCGCAUCCACACUGGGGAGAGGCCCUACGAGUGUCCCCAGUGUGGGAAGAGUUUCUCACAGAGCUCUCACUUGACCAAACACCAACGGAGCCACCACUAAGGGAAGCCAGACCAGUAUCCCGACUGCAGGAAGAUGUUCGUGCACUGCUCCAGCUCCAUCCUCCACGGGAGGAUCUGCUCUGGAUGAUCCCCAGUGACCCCUGGUGGGAAGAGCCACGAUGAUCUGUGGUGCUGGCGAUCCCUGUUGGGAAGACAGACACCUGCAUGGGGGCUCCACAUCUUCCUGGCUCCCUAUGGCCUGAAUUUUAUUUUCAUUUCUCUUUGUCCCUUCAAAACACUCAAAACCGGGGUAAAAAUAAAGAUGUUGAACUGAAA